GCUGGGACACACAGGACAAGAGCAUGGCCAGCCUGAAGACUCUGUUCCUGGCUGUCCUUGUUCUCCUUGCUGUGACGCUUCAAGCAACUGAGGCAGGCCCCUAUGGCGCCAACGUGGAAGAUAGCAUCUGCUGCCGAGACUACUUCCGGGGCCCUCUGCCCUUCCGCAUGCUGAAGUACUUCUACUGGACCUCGGACUCCUGCCGGAGGCCCGGCGUGGUGUUCCUAACAGUCAGGGACCGGGAGAUCUGUGCUGACCCCAGGCUGCCCUGGGUAAAGAAGAUUCUGCAGAAGCUGAGCCCAUGAGGAAGGGCCCUGCCCUGCUGACCGUGGCCUUGGCUCCUCCAGGAAGGCUCACAGAGCCCUACCUCUCAGCCGUUACGGCCGCGCCUCAACAAAGCCGAUGGAUCUCUCUGCAAUCUCUUACCUCUGUGCCUAUAGCUGUCACCCCAGAGGAGCCGCCACACGGUCAUUCAUCCCCUCUCUUGUCCCUCUAACCCAUUCUCUGCCCCACCGCAGCCAGAGGGGCCACGAUCCUAGUCAGUUACUCUGCUGCUCAAAACCAUGAGCAGCAUGGUUCCAUGGGGUUCCAUGGCUCCCCAAUGCCCCAAGCUGAGGUGAGAGCUCCUGGGCCCAGCACCCCUGUCGCCAGCCCUGCUUCAUUUCCCUUCACACUUGUUGGACCCCAGCUCCCUGUCCUCCACAUCUGUGCCGUACAUUUCCACUUCCCGGCCUUUUCCCAGGGAGGCCUCCCCACCACCGGUGCUUGUCCGGCUCUGCCAGCCCUCUGAGGCUCUGCUCCACCCAAGCAGCCAACAAUUUUUAUUUUUCAACUAUCCCCUGGCCCUCUGUCCCCUCUUAACAGCCCUGAUCACAGUCUGCCCAGAAUUCUCAGGACUCAGGGGGCUCGUCCUCCAGCCCCACUGGCUGGAUCAUGGUCUCACACCUGUUACUUUGUCUACUGGCCUCCAACACAGAGCACAGGGCCUGGCUCAGAAUCAGGGCUUGGUGAAUGGCUACAGACAGAAUCAAUAAAAGUAAUGUUCCUCUGCCAUGGCCCAUCCCCCAAAGGCCCUGACACAUCAAUACAGAGACUCGAGUUCAUCUAGAAAGCAGCCAGUUGAGUCAAUUGUGAAGCCUCAGAUUUACCCAGAUUCACCUCUCUUCCCCAUUUUACCCUUGUGUUGGGUCUCUUUACUCUUUCUUGUUUCCCUCUUGCUCCUCUAACCUCUGACACCCAGGCUUGAUGUCUUUAGAGUUCUCCACUUUCCCUUUCUUCUUCCCCAAAUAACCCAUAGCCAAAUUUAUGCUAUGGUGUGAAUGACUACCCUUGGGGCUUGCUAUUGCAAGCUCUAGCUGUAUUUCUAUAAGAAAAGAGGGCAAAUGCUUAAGAAGCCAAAGAGAUGAAUGGAAAGUUUUUGGGACUGUGUGGGAGGCGGAUGAGGUGGAGCUUUCCUGGCCCUACGAGUGUGUAGGCUACAGUUGAGUGAAGGAGCCUUGGGUGGAGAGUGUUUUCAGCUGACAAAGGCCAGGAUAAGUCACAGGAUUGGGGGCUUUUCUGCAUUUCCUCAGGGACAAUAGAUUCCCCAGGUAAAGGAAAUAAACUUUACAUGUGCUGGUUUCUUUCCAGAGAGCCUGGUGCAGUUUAGCAGGGUAGUUGUUGCUGUGUGAUUCUGAGGAUACCACCGAACUUCUCUGAGCCUCAUGUGAGAAUGCGAAGACCCAUAUUAUGGGGUUGCUGUGGGGCUCAGGCCCAAGACAUGGGGAACAAAACUCAGUGUCUUCCAGGGCCUGGAGCCCGGGGGUCAUCUGCCCACCACGAACACUGAACAUUUCAGCCUGCCCACUGUCCGUGCAUAGGGCCCUCAGGCGUCCUGGGAUUCCCCUCCCCUGCUGUCAUGCCCUGGUCCCUCAGGCCUUCUGAAAAAUAAAUCCUCUA